CCUUUGUGUAGGAGUUGUAUAAAUAGUCAGGGAAUAUUCUGGAUAGACACAGUUCAACUGAAACCCUCAACAUGCAUUCUCUACGUCUACUGGUCCUUCUCGGUGCCUUGUUGGCCACUCAGGGCAGAGUUUUAGAUCAGGAGAAGAUUCCUGAGAUUGUCGCCUCCCCGGCAGAUCUUAAACCAUUGGAAGUCAAGCAGGAAGUUGUCAACGAAAUACGGAAAACUGAACCUCAGCUGAUUGGUAAUGUUAAUUCUCAAGAGCAGCCGACAAAUCCGAUUUCCGAAGAAACCAAGGAAUCCCAACCUCAAGUGGCUAUCGAGCAAAGCCAAUCUCAUCUACCUAACUCCAUCGGUUCUGAAGAAACUCCUUCUGAGGCAAUCAAACCCGUAGAAGUUAUACCAGCAGUUACCAAAGGAAACCAGGAAAGUCAAUCUCAGCUGACUAACUCAAUUGUUUCUCAAGAUGCUUCUUCUAAAACAAAAAAAACCGAAGAAUCUGAACCAGCAGUUACCAAAGGAAACCAAGAAAGUAUAUCUCAGUUGGCUAACUCCAUAAAUUCUCAAGUAGCUCCUUCUGAACCGAUCAAGCCCGUAAAAGUUGACCCAGAAGCUGCCAAGGGAAACCAAGAAACCCCAGCUCAGCUUAGUAACACUAUUAACUCAGAAGGAGUUCAGGCAAGCACCGAAGAAAAACAACCCACUUCUAAUGAGAUUAACAAGGAACUACCCAAACAAGAAGUGGGUCCACAAAACUCAGCAAAACAAGGUCGCGAUAACAAGAUCCAGUUUGCGUAUGGACAGCCUGGUCAAACCCAAACCCAGAACCAAGACCAACUCAUUAGUGUUCAAGACCUAGAAAAGAUCUUCAAGAAUCAGGGAGUGCAGUUCCAGUCCUUGGACCAGUAUCAAAAUCUAUUCAAUAAGUUCCAGCCGCAAUACGUUUCUGUGGUGAACACGCCGGAUGCCAACACUCACAAUCAAGCGCACUACUAUCCCAACCAGAAGAAGCCCGGAUUUCCCUUCUCCUUCCUGCCCAAUCCAUUUGAGAAGAACGAACCCACUUAUGUCAGACCGAGUCCUACUACGAGCUCCACGACUGUUGUCAGUACGAGUUCUACUACGAGCUCCACGACUGAUGCCAGUUCGAGUUCUACUACGAGCUCCACGACUGAUGUCAGUUCGAGUUCUACGACUGAUGUGACGCAGCACACCCACAACCACAUCCACAUCCACGAGGAGACCAAGCCCUUCCCCUUCCUGCCCAAUCCCUUCACCGACUUCCCCAAGGUUGUGGGUCUCAGUUUGGUGCUUCUCCCGAAUCCAUUUUAUGUCAACAAAAGCAAUAGUCAGACUCACCAGGCUGGUGAAUAUCAGUACUUGGGAAAGUUCCGUGCCUUUUCCGAAGAAGAACCCCAGAAGCAGCAGCAGUCCCAAAAGCCAAAUUUCUACCUGAUCCCUAAUCCUUUCGCCAAUCUUUCCAAUGAAAGUCAAAAGGAAGAUGGCAAUGUCCUACUGUCUGUGAAUCUGGCUUCACUACCUCUUCUGGUUCCUGCACCUGAGAUCUCCCAAGGAAAGGCUUCUUCGGGAAGCAUCAGUUUUCAAGAUCUGAUUAAGGCAGGCAAUGUCCAUGUGAGCCAGCCCCUCAAGCUGCCGGCCAACAAUGGUCUCAGCCAAAUUCAAAAGGAGCAGGCCGCUAUCCAUCAGCUGAUCCUCAAUCAUCUUAGCGAGCAGACGAAUCUUUUCCAGAAGCAAUCUCUUGGAAAUGGAAAGCGCUCCCAACCUGCUCCGUCAGUUGCAGUCCAGGAGGAAGAGGAGAGCUCCGUACUUUUUGCCGUGGAGAUCCCGAAGUCCAUCUACCGCUUCUUCAAAGGCAUCUUUGGUGGUUUCUCCAACUGAGAAGCCAGUAGAAGAUCCUGACCGAAAGAACAACCAAGAACUAAACAAGAAUGACAUACUAAGAAAAACAUCGCAUACAUUUAAAUUUAAGCUAAUUAUAAAUUAUUAAUUCAAAUAAAGUAAAUUGCAUACCAAA